AUUGCAGGCACCUGUAAACAUGGUAGUUAAUAUAUGGGUUUGAUAAGAGAUGAGGAAUUCUAACCUACCUUUUUCAACUUCUUUACGAUAAAUCACUUUUAACACUGAAAAUCAGACCGUUCGAUUUACAUUUGGUGUUGGUAAUAUUGUCACUGUUCACGUGGCUUCCAGCAUAUCCAGUUCCUGCCGUGUCUGACAACAUGUCAAAAAUGGCGGAGGGCUGUCCUAGCAAAAAUGAUAUGCAGUUGGUUUUUAAUAGAUUGCGGUCCAUUAAUACAAAUAAGGUGUGCUUUGAUUGUAAUGCCAAGAACCCUACUUGGGCCAGUGUUACAUAUGGUGUAUUCAUAUGUAUUGACUGUUCUGCUGUCCAUAGAAGUUUGGGUGUCCAUGUUACAUUUGUUCGUUCUACUCAGCUAGACACGAAUUGGACUUGGCUUCAACUGCGACAGAUGCAGCUGGGUGGAAAUGCAAAUGCGUUAACAUUCUUCCGACAACACAAUUGUAUAACAACUGAUUCCCAGCAAAAAUAUGCGUCUCGUGCUGCUCAGAAGUACAGGGAAAAGCUGCACCAUAUGGCUAUUCAAGCAAUGAGGCUUCAUGGCACUAAGCUUGACAUGGGAUCACAUCCUGAGGCUGCUAUAAUUUCCCCUUCUCAGAAUAUGUCAUCACCUUCUGUGCUUCACUUGGAUUCCUCCUCUGAACCAACUCAGCCAGAUGAAAAGGAGGAGGAGGAGGAUUUCUUCACAGCAACAUUAAAUGCUGAUGUCAGUAAUUCUGAAGAGAAUGAAGAUCACUUCAAGGUACAGCCACUGCAGUUUCCUGCUGCAGAUCCAGCCAUGAAUCUUGUGAAGGGCCAACCAAAUGUUGACGCUGCCUUGAACACUCAACCUGACACUGUCCAGCAGGAGCUCCGUAAACCAACAAUUGGGGGCAGGAAACCACAAGCCAAGCGUUCAGGACUGGGGACUAGGAAGGGAGGUCUAGGAGCCCAGAAAGUGAAGACCAAUUUUGCCGAGAUCGAACGUGAGGCUGUGAUGGCUGACCAAUUGAAGGUCCAAGCUGCUGAAGAAGCAAAGCUCAUAGCAGAGAAGACAACAGAAGAUGAACAGAACCAGAUGGCUUCUAUGCGUCUAGCGUACCAAGACCUGAGCUUGCAACAGAAAAAGGAAGAGGAGAAGCUAAAACAAGUUGAUCCCAAGAAAGCUCAGCAGAUCGAGAGGUUGGGAAUGGGAUUUGCUUCAAGGGUAGGUGUGAGCCAUUCUGCAUUAAGUGACAUGAAGACUAUUGAGCAAGAGAGUCCCAGUAAAGUGGUAAGCAAUUCUGGAAAGUCGGUGUUCGAUCGAGAUUCAGACCGCGAUGGGUUUUUUGAUGACUUCCAUUUUACCUCACCGUCUCCAGGCUUCAGCAUGUAUAAAAGUAGUCCAAAUGAAAACAAGAGCCUGGAAGCAAUGUUCCUGGAUGGUAAUACAAGUCGAGACAGAUACAGCUCUAUCAGAGGAUGGGGUUCGUUUGAGCCAGAGAGCAGACAACCGUCAUUAAGCAGCUAUGCUUCCGAUGAUCUACCGCCUCCAAAAAGAAAGCAUCCCACUUCUGCCCCUUCAUCUUCUGAUGGUAAUGAAGCUCAAAAGAAGUUCGGAAGUGCCAAAGCCAUUUCGUCAGAACAGUUUUUUGGUGAUUCGACAGACAACAGUUGGGAACGAAAAGCAAAUCUCUCGAGAUUUGAGGGAUCGUCAAGCAUUUCAUCAGCCGACUACUUUGGCACUGGUAGCAGCCACGACAGUGGGGGCGGGAGUCACCUUACUACCCCAGACUUAGAAGAUGUCAAGGAGAGCGUGCGACAGGGGGUCACCAAGGUCGCUGGCAAGCUCAGCUCUAUUGCAAAUGGUGUUAUGUCAUCCAUACAGGACCGCUACGGUUAUUGAUGUGCCGUUUGCCUUGAGAUGUGCGGUGCACAAGAGAUUGAAUCCCUCAGUUUCACAGUAGACCUCUGGAAGAACUUCAUCUUAAAUUCUUCAUUAUACUGGAAAGUGGCAAUCUGCAGAAUUGUGCCUUUUUAAUAUCAUUUGUUUUGUCGCGCAUUAUCUUAUCUUCUU